AACAAAUUUCGUGUGUUGUGAUACCUUUUGAAAUCCUUCGCCAUGGGCAGCAAUCGUGCAAUCGAUUUUGAGAGCCCCUUCGUGAAGAAAGAGAAUUGUUGCAAAAUUUGCGAAACCACCGAUGGACCGAUGGAAUCGAUCUUCUGCAAUGUCGACGACACGGCAAUGCUGGACAAAAUCUACCGAAGCACGCGCGUGGAGGUGACACCAGUCUGUGGAUUAAUUUCUCCAAUCUGUGCCCCAUGCAACCGUCGGAUCGAAGCGUUCGACGUCAACGCUCCGCCCAAGGUGGUAGAGUUUGUGAUCAAAACGGAACUGGACCCCGAACCCCUCGAAUGUGAUCCCCUGAAUGUGACCGAUCCGAUAGCACUCGGUGCGGAUGAAGAGGAUUCCCUGGCCAUAGAAGAUGUGCCCGUUUACAGGAGAACCAGAAGAGUACAGCGUUAUAAAACGGACCAAAAAGCGCGGCAAUCCACCAGCAGGGGCCGUGGACAAAGAAAAGCCAGCACGUCACGUGCUAGAGCUCGUCGCGCCAAGUCUUCCAGUGCAUCGAAUUCACGGGAUUCGGACUCUUCUGCGUCAAACGAGACCGAUCUGCCGGAUCAGAACGACGGAUCGAGCGAAGAAAAUAAACGAAAACGGAAAGUGCUGAAAGCGUCGUCCUCGCUGGACGAGGACAGUGAACCGUCGUCGGUCUCGGAAGCCGAAUUGCCCAGUGAAGAGUCGGCGGCCACGGAUAGUUCGGAUGAAGCUCUGGAGGAGGAGCUCGAAAGUGACGCGAAGCAAACGAAGCAACGUUCGGCACCGUCGUCAGCCGGGCGCGGUCGACGAAAGCCGGCGGGUCGUACGAGGCAGCCAAAGAAGGCGGCCAUUCCGGAGCAGUGCGUGGUGUGCGGUAAGACGGUAUUGUACAUGAGAGAGCACAUGCGUUCGCACCGCAUUGAACAGCAACAUUCGUGUCCGCAUUGUGAUCGCACUUUCGUGCAGGUCAACAACCUAAAGUACCACAUCCGGAAGCAUCUCGGCGAAAAGCCGUACGCCUGCCAGCAGUGCGAGAAAACGUUCUACUGUGAGGCCCACCUGAAGUCGCAUCAGCGCGUCCACGGGCCGCAAGGCCUGUUUCAGUGCGAGCUGUGCCCGAAAAGCUUCAACCAGGAGUGCAAUCUGAAGAAACAUUUGCGUGUCCACACGGGUGAAAAGCCGUACCCGUGCGAGAUUUGCGGCAAGCGUUUCAAUAGUACGUCGAAUUUGCGGAAUCACCUGCGGUUACACUCGGACGAGCGACCGCUAAGGUGCGACCACUGUGCGAAGAGCUUCGUGGAUGUGCACCAUCUACAGCGGCACAUUCGCAUGAUCACGGGCCAUCAACCGUACAUUUGUCACGUGUGCAUGAGUGCUUACUACUGCCAGCAGGGCCUAAUGGAUCACCUGAAAACGCACAUCGAGAAGAAAAACUACAAACUGGACUAGCACCGAUCGACGAUAGUUUUAAACAGAUUUUGAUAGAGCGAAACAUACAAACCAA